AUGGUUUCUAAUNGACGUAUGGUUCUCACUUUNCUCGGUAGAAACACUAUUGAUAAGCCAUUGCAUAGAGAUUGUUGUCACUUUUGGACAUUAUUAUCCAAAUCUCUCCGUGACCUAGUCAUCGAGGGUCAUGUGACUGCAUCAAAGGUGGAUUCGUUCUACCUGCCAUUUUAUGACCCGACCGAAAAAGAAGUCAAGGAGAUUGUACACAAAGAGGGUUCCUUUGAAAUCAAAGACUUGGAGACACAUGAAUAUGAUCUUGGCCAUUGUAACCAAGACGAGACAAAGAAAAGUAAAUCAGGACAAAAUGAAGCCAAUUAUAUAAGAGCGGUGAGUGAACCAUUGCUCGUGGCUCACUUUGGAGAUGUCAUUAUCAACAUUGUUUAA